AUGGUGGAUGCAGCACCGAAGCCUAGCAGCAGCGUGAAGCUGGUUCUUCUCGGCGAGGCUGCCGUUGGCAAGUCUUCUCUUGUCCUGCGGUUCGUCAACAACGACUUCCAGGAGAACAAGGAGCCGACGAUCGGCGCUGCCUUCCUGACACAAAAGUGCAACCUGCCCACGCGGACGAUCAAGUUUGAGAUCUGGGAUACCGCCGGCCAAGAACGCUUCGCCUCGCUCGCCCCCAUGUACUAUCGCAAUGCCCAAGCCGCCCUCGUCGUCUACGACCUUACCAAGCCGACAUCGCUCAUCAAGGCGAAGCACUGGGUCGCCGAGCUGCAGCGCCAGGCCUCGCCCGGCAUCGUCAUUGCCCUCGUCGGCAACAAGCUCGAUCUGACAAACGAUGCGAGCGCCGCGGCGGGCGGCGACAGCAGCAGCAGCAGCAGCAACAACAACGACGACGACGCCGACGACGCCGACGGCUCCGACGCCCGCAAGGUCUCGACCGAAGAGGCCAAGACGUACGCCGACGAGGAGAGCCUGCUGUUUUUCGAGACGAGUGCCAAGACGGGCACCAACGUCAACGAGGUGUUCAACGCCAUUGCCAAUGCGAUCCCAGAGACCUCGCUCAAGACGACACGGGGCGGUGCGGCCGGCGGCGCGGCCGGUGCAGGCGGCCGUGCGGGCGGCGACGCCAACCGGGUGAACCUGCAGGGCGCGCGCGACCAGGGCGCAAAAGACGGCUGUGCCUGCUAA